CAAGAAUCCAGCUUUUCGCUGGCAGCAGCUCGCCAACAGCUCAGGCAGCCACACGCUACAGAAGCCUUUGCCAAAAGUCCGCACCGCCCACGCCAACACCAGCCCCAGCAGCAGCACCAGUGGCCAGCAGCAGCAGCCACCAGCAACAAGACAGACUCCAUCAAGACCUCUGACUUGUUUGGGGAUGCCACCAACAUGGGGCUGUUCGUGAGGUUCAGGCACAUGUACAAACAGUAUUGGUAUGUCCUCAUCCCCGUGCAUUGUGUGACAUCCAUGUGCUGGUUUGGCGGCUUCUACUAUCUCUCCAAAGUCGGCGUGGAUGUGCCCGCGCUGCUGCAAUACGCUCAUCUGAGCGAUACAAUUAUCGAGAGGGUGCAGUCCUCCGACAUGGGACACUUUGCCAUCGCCUUUCUGUGCUUUAAGGUGGUGACGCCACUGCGUUACUCAGUCACAUUGGGAGGCACGACGUUGUCGAUCAAGUUUUUGGUGAAGCGGGGCUACCUCAAGCCGAUUCCGAGCAAAAAGCAGCUGAUUAAGAUGUACGAGAAGAAGAAGGCAACACGCCGCGCCAAGGCGGACAAGGAAGAGAAGGAUGGGAGCAAGUGAGCGGUCUGCCCUCUGACUGAACUACACCCGAAGCUCCUCUGUUAGUUGACUGUUCACAUAAGCUGUUAGGCUUAUGUUAGUUGUCUGUUAGUUCUCUGCGCGGCCCAAGCAAAGGCAGA